CAGAAGUUACCCUGAAUAUGCCUUAGCGCUGCACAUUUUACUUUCUAUAUCCAUUUGGGUUCUAAACACCCCCACUAAGUACUAAAUAAUUAAGUUUUUCGUAAUAAAACGACGUCAAUAAAUCAGAUCUUAAAGUAAAGCAUUCAACUAGUUCGUAAGCUCUAACUCUGUAAUACUUAAAUGUUCUCAAAAUAUGUUAGCCUGUUGAAUAACCUACCUCUUUCGUGUUUUUCAGUGACCCAACACGUCCGCAACUGUGGUCCGCAGAUGUUCCUGAUCAGCCGCAAGGGCGGCACCCUGCUGACCAUCAACAAUUUCGUCUAUCGUUCUAAUCUCAAAUUCUUCGGCAAGAGCAAUAAUAUUCUGUACUGGGAGUGCGUGCAGAACCGAUCGGUCAAGUGCCGCAGCCGCUUGAAGACCAUCGGAGAUGAUCUCUAUGUAACCAAUGAUGUGCACAACCACAUGGGCGACAACAAGCGCAUCGAGGCGGCCAAGGCGGCUGGUAUGCUGAUCCACAAAAAGCUAAGUUCUCUCACAGCCGCCGACAAAAUCCAGGGAUCCUGGAAAGGGGAGACCGAGGUCAAUCUAGACCAGCUGCCCAAGAUGUAACCGCCUAUAAGACAUUCC